AUGGUUGUUUGGAGUUCAUACUCCGAGUCGUUCUAUCUUUCUCUCAGAGAACGCGUUUCGGAAUAUGGGCAAAAAAACCGCGCUUUGAACACUGAUUUUUUGAAACAUUCCGUAGAAUCUAGUCCAUUAUUUACAUCAGUGGAAUGUGAUCCACCUUAUUUAUCCUCAUCGGCAAAUGUAGAGGUAAAUACACUCUCAGGAAUUUUAGGAGAUACAUGGUCUAAUGAGCUAGGAUCUACACUAACCGAUCGUUUUAAUCAUAAUACAUCUGUUGUGUAUAAAUCUACCGAUAACACAUCCACGAAAAGAAUCAAUUCAUUCUAUGGUCUAAGCGGCAAUGUGAAUAAAGGCAUAUAUGCUUUAUCAUACGAAAAUUCUAAUUAUCUAUCAUGUAAUCUGUCCAGAUUCAGCAAUAGGGGAAUAUAUAAAAAAAAUUUCGUGAGAAUUUUAGAACAAGAGAUCGUGAAUUCAUUAGAUGUUGUUCAUCUUUACGAUGAGAAAAAUCGGCAAAGAUAUAGAAAGGUAAUGAUUAAGCCUUGUGGUUCACUUAAUGCUGGAAUCCAUGGUCUAGAAAUACAAAUUGAUUCAAAUCCAUCAAAUAUACAUAUGGAUUGUAUUGAACGUUUCAGAAUCCAUCCCUCAUCAUUCUUUUGUAAAGAAAGGUAUAGACAGAAUGUUGGUAAGUUUUGUUCCAAUUCCAACCCUCACUUUGGCCUCCAUGGUAAUGAUACAGAAGAUACUAAAAUUUACGAACACAUACACUCUACUAACACAUCUUAUAGUGAUUUUGAUAUAUUGGAAAUAAAAACUGAUGACAAAAAUCUGCUAUCAUCAAUCUUUUAUGCAAGAAAUAACUUUGGACUAUUUAUAGGACGGUACUACUACAAGGAUAAUGGGUGGAUCUUUGAACAGUUGAGCAGUAAAUCAUAUAGUGUUAAUGAAAAAAUUUUCUAUAUCUCUGUUUCACCGUAUGCUUCAGGAGAAUGUAUGUUUCUAAAAUCAACAAACAAGAUUGCACUAUACGAUACAAAUAUCUCUGAGGAAUAUCAUACAAUAUCACUGUCUAACUACAUCGAUGAGGAUACUGAUAUUAUACAAACGGUUUGUUACGGAAUUGACUCGAACAGUGCUAUUUUUGGAGGAAACAGGCUAUACCAUUUUGAUCUUCGUGCAAAUCGUAUGGAUCCGUUAAUUUAUAAGCCAUCCGACAACAUAACCGUUACGAGCAGUGCAUGGACCGAACGACAUUAUCACUCUUCUAAACAUCCACUGAAACAUUUUACUCAUUUAUUAAGUGGGCCGAGUUGUUCCUUUUCAAACUACUGGAGGAUUUCUAAACCAAACUAUUGGAGCUCAUUCACGGCAUGUCAAACUCACCCCGUUCAUUCACAUAUAUUUGCUUGUAUAUAUUCCACAAGUAACUGUAUAUAUCUUUUCGACCUAAGGACACCGAUUGCACCUAUACUGGAGAUUCCCUUACCUUCUACUGAAUACAUAGGUGCUCGUUUUCGCCAUUUAGUUUGGUCUAAAUCCGACAGUAACUCUGGUGAUGAACAUACAGAUUAUACAGUAUUGUUGGCUUUUUGUUGGAAGCAAAAAAAGCAGGUUUACUGUGAAUUUCUCAUAGAUUCAUCAUGUUCCACUUUUAGUUGCAAUGACCCUUCCUAUAGCGUCAGGUUUGAAGUGUUUGAAAACUUUAACACUAGAAUUAACUUCAAGCAUUCAAAAUCGAUAGAUUUUUGCAAUGUAGAUGAAAAGGAAGAACGCAAUCAUUUUGCUUCAACGGGGCCCCUUAUUGAAACUUUGGAGAGCUAUUCAAAACUUCCAUUCCACUUUCCUGCUGAUAACUCCCUUACGGAUAUAUUUCAUGGAUACUUGGGGACUCUUAUAGUUAUUGACAAUAAUUGUAAAAUGUUAUUUAUUUAUACGAUCUCUGGGAGGUUACUAUGUUUAGAUUCCUGUAAUAGAAAUAUAAUUUUGAAAAACACUGGAUACACGAAAAACACUGGUAAAUUUGAACAGACUCAACUUGAUCUAUCAAAUGACGAUGGUUUGGAAUCUGGAUUUGAGGGGUUCAUUUGUACAUCUCUUCCUGAAACUGAUCUAUCUUUACCAAAUGACUUUAUAUUUGAUAGAAUUGUCAAAUACGUGAAAAUAUCGAAUGUUGUUUGUGAAAAUAAACUUGAUUUGGUCCCAUCCAAUUUGUCAGAUAACAUUACAUGCAAAUCUGAACAGUCAAAUUUUGACAUGAACAUAUGUCCAAAUUAUACGUUUUUCAACGAUUUCAAAACUAUUCUAUUUCGACCAAAGGAAAUACUAAAUUCGCUCUUAUUUCCUGCAGAAGAAAGGAAAAAAGUAUGGCCUGCCAUGGGCUCUGUAAUGUCGUUGCUACAAUUAGAAGAAAUUUGUGAUGAUCCAAAUAUAUUUGGUGAUAAUAUUGUGAAUAUUUGGAAUACUAACGAAUUAUGGAUAGACUACGAUUAUGAUGAAGAAUGUGCCACAGAAAAUAACCCAUUUGUAAUUUCAACUCCGUCUUGUUCUUGUUCACUGUUUUCAAAGCGAAUAAAAAAUAAAAAGGAUCAUCUUGUUGCUUUACUCACAUCAUGUAGAGCUUGUACGUCUUAUAAAUCUAGAACUGAUCUCAAUUAUCUUACGAAUGAACAAGAAGUCAUUGAUACAGAAUAUCCAACAUUACAGUACUAUUUGACUAAAUAUAGAGAUAAUAUUAGUAUUAAAACCAGAUCUGAGGCUAAAUCAAUUGGGAAUACUUUCCUAUUGCACUCACCUGUGCUUCCUAGUCUAGUUUCCGAAAGAAAAAAAUACAACACAGCUGUACACACUGAUUGCUAUGGCACAAAAAAUCUAAUAUCUGUAAAAAUAAGGAAAAAUGAUACUUCCACUGGAUCAAAUAUUACGGAUAACAAUGAAGCUAAAACGAAGAUUACUCAAUUGACAAAUUUCUGGAGACUAACUCCAGAUGACGAAAUAAUACAUGUUAGUAAUUUGAUAAAAUAUACAUUACUGCAGAAUAAUGGAGAGAAUGUUAUAAAACGGUUCAAAAAAUACACGAACCAAAUUGAAAUAUUGAAAAAAUCAAAGGAGGAGCAAGAUAAAAUUAUAGCAAAAUUACUGCAAAGAACAAAUACUAAACUGUAG